AGGAAGAGAGAAGAGACAGAAGAGGAAGAGAAGCAAGGGGGGAUGGGCUUAUUACUUUCAUUUAAAGUUAAGAAAAUACAGAAGUGAGAAGUUUAGCAGACACCCUCACCCAAAACACAGAGAGAGAGAGAAACAGGAGGAGAAUCAGAAAGACAAGACUAGAAAGUAGGUAAAGGACUACAUGCAGCCAUGGCUCCUUGGACGAGGACCAUCUCGGAGCGGUAUGGUGUAGUAAAGUGGAAUUUUGUUGGCCAAGGAGAGAAGCAGCUCUCCCUCGAGGUAGGAGAUACGGUCCACAUCCAGGAGGUCUGUGAUGGAUGGUAUCGAGGCUACUUGGCUAGGAACAAAGCCCAACAGGGAGUGUUCCCUGCCAGUUUUGUCCACCUUAAGGAAGUCAUCAUUGAAAAACGAGGAGAUGAGGAGUUAGUGAUCUCUGGAGAGAUGCCCUUGGUGAAGGAGGUGACCACCACACUGAGGGAGUGGGGAAGCAUAUGGAAGCAGCUUUUUGUGGCCAAUAAACAGGCGCGUGUGAAGCAGGUCCAGAGACUGAUGUGUGAGCUAAUGGAGUGGCGUUCCCAGCUCCUGUCUGGCACUCUGCCUAGUGACGAAUUCAAAGAACUUAAGCAGAAAGUCACCUCCAAGAUUGACUACGGCAACAAGAUCCUGGAGCUGGACCAGGUGGUUCGGGACGAGGAUGGGAACAUCUUGGAACCGGAGCGGGCUAGUGUCAUUAGUCUGUUUCGGGCCCACGAGGAGGCCACGGCCAAGAUCAACGAACGCAUCAAAGAGGAGCAGUCCAACGUCCAGACAGACCACAGCGGGAUCUCAGCACGGAUACAGUCUUCCCCCACCCACAGCCUCUACGUCUUUGUCAGGAACUUUGUCUGUCGCAUCGGAGAGGACUCAGAGCUCUUCAUGUCCCUCUAUGACCCCAUCAAACAGAGCAUCAUCAGUGAGAACUACUUGGUACGCUGGGGCAGCAAAGGAUUUCCCAAGGAGAUUGACAUGCUCAACAACCUGAAGGUUGUCUUUACAGACCUGGGGAACAAGGAUCUGAGCAGAGAAAAGAUUUAUCUGAUCUGUCAGAUAGUCAGAGUGGGCAGGAUGGACCUGAAAGAGACGCACAACAAGAAGUGGACUAUGGGCCUGAGACGGCCGUUCGGGGUGGCAGUGAUGGACAUUAGUGAUCUCAUCAAAGGGAAGAUUGAAUGCGAUGAGGAGAAGCAGUAUUUCAUCCCCUUCUUCCCGUAUGUCUUAUUUUCCUCCUCUAUUACACCACCUAUACUCCCCCUCUCCUUUUGUACUCUUAUAAACUUAAAGAUUAAGCUGUUUGUGUAUUUUCAAGUGUGUUUGUGUCUGUUUGGCUCCAGGGUAGUGGCUGAGAAUGACUUCCUCCACUCCUUGUUGAACAAAGUGACGGCAUUACGAGGGGACAGUGGUGGCCAAGGUCUGUGGGUGACCAUGAAGGCUCUGGUCGGGGACAUAGUUCAGAUCCGGAAGGAAUACCCUCACCUGGUGGACCGCAGCACUGUGGUGGCCCGCAAGCUGGGCUUCCCAGAGAUCAUUAUGCCGGGAGAUGUUCGCAAUGACAUCUACCUGACCUUAGUGGGCGGCGACUUCGACAAAUAUAAUAAGACGACGCAGAAAAACGUGGAGGUCAUUAUGUGGGUCUGUGAUGAGGAGGGCAAGGUCAUACAGAACUCCAUCUGUCUGGGAGCAGGGGAUAAAGCGGUCAGUGAGUACAGAUCCGUCAUCUACUACCAAGUCAAACAGCCCCGCUGGGUGGAGACAAUUAAGGUGGCAGUCCCUCUGGAAGAAAUGCACAGAAUUCAUUUGCGCUUCAUGUUCAGACACCGCUCUUCCCAGGAGUCCAAGGACAAGAGCGAGAAGAACUUUGCCAUGGCCUUUGUGCGUCUGAUGAAGGAGGAUGGGACAGUUCUACAAGAUGGGCAGCAUGACCUUGUGGUCUUCAAGGGUGACAGUAAGCGCAUGGAGGACGUGAACUGCUACUUGUCAUUGCCCUCGACACGCCACCACCAUGGUGACCCCCACAAGACAUCGGGGCUGAGCCGCAGCUCCAGCAACGUGUCUGGGAGUGGAGGAGGCCUGUCAGUCAGCUCUAGAGAUAGCUUCACCAUCUCCACCCUGGUCUGCUCUACCAAACUCACCCAGAAUGUGGGCCUCCUGGGGCUGCUCAAGUGGAGGACUCGACCUGAACUCCUCAAAGAAAACCUGGAGAAACUCAAAAUCAUCGAUGGAGAGGAGGUGGUCAAGUUUCUGCAGGACACUCUGGAUGCCUUGUUCAACAUCAUGAUGGAACACUCUCAGACUGAUGACUACGACAUCCUUGUGUUUGAUGCCUUGAUAUACAUCAUAGGUCUGAUUGCUGACAGAAAGUUCCAGCACUUCAACACAGUGUUGGAGGCCUACAUCAAGCAGCAUUUCAGUGCUACACUUGCCUACAAAAAGCUGAUGGCAGUCUUGAAGAGGUAUCUGGAUGUGUCCAGCCGAGGGGAACAGUGUGAGCCAAUCCUUCGAACCCUCAAAGCCCUCGAGUACAUCUUCAAGUUCAUCGUACGCUCGCGCAUGCUCUACUCUCAGCUGUACGAAGGGAAGGAGCAGGCAGACUUUGAGGAGUCACUGAGGAGGCUUUUUGAGUCCAUCAACAGCCUGAUGAGAACAGACUACACCACCACUCUGCUGCUCAGGGUCGCUGCUCUGAAGUACCUGCCAACAGUCCUGCAUGAUGUUGAGAAAGUGUUUGAUGCCAAACUCCUCAGUCAGUUGCUGCAUGACUUUUAUUCCUGCAUCCCCCCUGAGACACUCCAGAAGCAGAAGGUGGCCUCCAUGACUGAAAUUGUCAGCAGCCAAAUCUUCAAGAAAAAAGAGUGCCGUGAUGUGCUGUUACCCAUGAUGCUGCGGGAGCUGAGCGGGGCACUGGCCAGUAUGGCUGAUGGCCCUCAUGAUGAGAGGAGAAAUAGUCUGGAGCUGCUCAACAACAUUCUGGAGGUCCUCAGCAGGGACAAUGUGGGGGAAACAUUUCAACAUAUCCAGGACAUUGUGGUGUCUCUCCUGAGUAUCAUCAACCGGACAGUCAUCACAAUGGGUCGAGAGCAUGCCCUAAUUUCCAGGGUGGUAGCCUGCAUGACAGCUAUCCUCAGUCAGAUGGAUGAUCGUCACUAUGCUACAUACAUAGAAACCUUCAGUGGAAGCCCUGAACUAGUGGACUUCCUGAUGGAGUCCUUCCUGCUUUUCAAGGACCUGAUUGGGAAACAUGUGUAUCCCUCUGACUGGAUGGCCAUGAUCAUGGUACAGAACAGAGUGUUCCUGAGAGCCAUCAAUACCUAUGCAGACACUAUGAACCAAAAGUUCCUCAAUAACGACGACUUUGAAGUACAGUUGUGGAAUAACUAUUUCCACUUGGCGGUGGCGUUUAUUACCCAGGAGUCUCUGCAGCUUCAGCAUUUCUCGCCAACCAAGAGGAACAAGAUUCUGGCCAAAUAUGGAGACAUGAGACGGCUCAUUGGCUUUGCUAUACGUGAUAUCUGGUACAAACUAGGCAGUCACAAGAUCUGUUUCAUUCCCGGCAUGGUGGGUCCUAUCCUGGAGAUGACUUUGAUCCCGGAGGAGGAGUUGAGAAGGGCCACCAUUCCCAUUUUCUUUGACAUGAUCACUUGUGAAAAUGCACACUCUGGAAACUUCCACAAGUUUGAGAAUGAGAUCAUUCUGAAGUUGGACCACGAGGUGGAGGGUGGAGGAGGAGACGAGCGAUACAUGCAACUACUGGAGACCAUCCUGCUGGACUGCGCUGCCGAGAAACCCACAUUGAAGACACACGUGCAGCACUUUGUUGCCUUGGUGAAGGGACUCCUCAUCCGUCUCCUUGACUACCGCACUGUGAUGAGCGACGACAGCCGCAACAACCGCAUGAGCUGCACUGUCAAUCUGCUGAACUUUUACAAGGACAUCAAUCGUGAAGGGAUGUAUAUCAGGUACCUUUACAAGUUGAGGGACCUUCACCUGGAGGGUGAAAACUACACAGAGGCAGCAUACACGCUGCUGCUCCACUCUCGCCUGCUCAAGUGGUCAGAUGAGAUGUGUAGCCCCCAGUUUGAGUCCCGCGGCUCCCAAACCCAACGGCAGCUCAAGGAAACGCUCUACGACACCAUCAUUGACUACUUCGACAAGGGCAAGAUGUGGGAAGAGGCCAUCACUCUGUGUAAGGAACUAGCUGAUCAGUACGAAAACGAGAUCUUUGACUACGAAUUACUCAGCAAGAGACUGGAAAAACAAGCCAGGUUCUAUGAGAACAUUAUGAAGAUCCUGAGGCCAAAGCCUGACUACUUUGCAGUGGGCUACUAUGGACAGGGCUACCCUCCAUUCCUCAGGAACAAGGUGUUUAUCCACCGUGGCAAGGAGUAUGAACGCAGAGAGGACUUUCAGAACCAGCUCAUGAGCCAGUUCCCCAGCGCCGUGCGCCUCAACACCACCACCAUUCCAGGAGACGAUAUCAGGAACUCUCCACUUCAGUAUAUUCAGUGUUUCACAGUGCAGCCAGUCCUCGAGAUUCCUCUUCGCCUGAAGAACAAACCUGUUCCUGACCAGAUUAUCAACUUCUACAAGUCCAACUACGUGCAGCGUUUUCACUAUUCCAGACCUGUGAGGAAAGGACCUGUGGACCCCAACAAUGAGUUUGCUUCUAUGUGGAUUGAACGCACAACCUUCACCACUGUGUAUAAGCUACCAGGGAUCCUGCGCUGGUUUGAGGCUACUGACAUGAAACAUACCACCUUGUCUCCAUUGGAGAACGCCAUAGAGACCAUGGAGUCCACCAAUGAGAAGAUUCUGACCAUGAUUAACCAAUAUCAGGCAGACUGGAGCCUUCCCAUCAACCCCCUCUCAAUGCUGCUCAACGGCAUUGUGGACCCAGCUGUCAUGGGUGGCUUUGCCAAGUAUGAAAAGGCGUUCUUUACCGAGGAGUACAAUCAGCAGCACCCAGAAGACAAAGAUAAACUGUUGCGCCUCAAAGACCUCAUCGCAUGGCAGAUCCCAUUACUAGGUGGAGGGAUCUCUCUCCAUGGGAAGAGAGUGACUGAUGACCUGCGUCCUUUCCACGAGCGCAUGGAGGAGUGUUUCAAACAGCUGAAGAAGAAAGUAGAGAAGGAGUACGGAGUGAGAGAGCUGCCGGACAUGGAUGAAAGGAAGUCUACUCGUCCUCGCUCCAUGCUGCGCUCAAUUCGUCAAUCCAUCAUCUCGAUCUCCUCACUGCAGGGAUCUGAAUGUGGGACUCCAACCAAGCUUUAUGCAGACAGGGACGCCCCCCCUGAGUCUCCGACCUCCUGGACCCUUCAGCGCUCCAGCGGCAGCGUGAGUGUAAAUACAGUGGAGGAAGUCGGAGUGGUGACAGUGGGCGACGCAGAGGUCAAACUGAGGAAGAGUAAGAAGAAGAAGAAGAGGAGCAGCAUGAUCUUCAUCACAGAGGAAAGAGAAAGGACAAAUACACUGGACUGCAAACGGCUGUCCAAGAAACAAGAGUUCCGCAGUGACACCAACUUGGCUGAGCCAAAUGAAGAAAAUGUGUCAUUGACCAAUGCCAACUCCAGAUCUCUGCCUGCCAUCACAGGUCUGUCCUUGGCAGUGGUGGGGGGCACAGAGGAGGUAGACUCCCCCAGAAUCAGGAGGGACAGCAAGAGCAUGUCUGUCUCUGGGACUUCUGACCGGACAGCAGACAGACGCUCAAAGGGUGUCAUUAACCUCAUCUUCAAGUCCAAGAGCUCCAAAUCAGAGGAUGCAAAGUCCAGUGAUCCAGCCAAAGACAAUGCCAAUCAUUUCUGAAAUCCUUCAUAUUCAUUUCCUGUUUCGUUACUUACUUUUGUGCAUUUAUUUUACAAAGAAGUUCACAUCAGCCAGCAAGAAAAACCAAAUUAUGCGCUCAUUCUCUCAUUCAGUCUGCCUGUCAGUCUUAGUAUUGCUGUUGCCUUAAUAUAAUUGAUUUUACCUAUCAAUAAAGGCUAUUUUUGUGCCAUGA